AUGUCACCAGAGGUUAGGAGAGGUGGGCGAGGUGUUGGUCAUGGCAAGCCCCUGCAGGUGUCUUGUGCCGUCCGAGACAGGCAGUUCCAGGUGGGGGGACUACUUUUGGUUGAGUUCAGGUCGGGUGGCAGGAGUCGGAUGGAGUGUCCUGUCCACGUGGCAAUCGUGAGGGUAAGCGUGAUGCUUUGGUACCACACAGGCACUCCCGGGGUCACGAUGGGGGGUAACUGAUGAACAAUACAUCCUGCCCUGGACUUCUCCCUCUGUUUUCAAGUCACUGAGCAGAUCUUCUUCCAUGCAUUCCCGGCAUCGGGUGGCAUCCCCGGUUGGCAUGCAGCUGGCAGACGUGCUGCGUCCUGGAACUGAAGACUAUCUGGUUGCAGACAAGCGGCCUUCGCAGACGGGAGGCUUGGUCAGUGAGUUGGAUACAACCAUACAGUCUCGGUAAGACUUUGUUUCUUCAGGGUGGCGGAGCUCAGAUGGCUUAAUUGUUCAAGGUCUGAGCUUGUGGUAGCUGAGGGAGAGAAAAGUUAGUGUUAAAUAAGGCUCUCUUUUGCUAGCCAUAAAAGUAAAAGGUAGUUAUUCCAGGUUAAGAAGCAAUGUUAAUAUGGUUCAUGGUAAAUUUUGCUAGGUUUCAAACUCGUCGGUGGCUCAGAACCUGGUGGGUGUAGGGGUAUCCGGGUAUACCACUACCAUGGUUAUUGAAGUAUUUGGCACUUUACCUAUGUACAAGUUAUGAUGGCAUUGUUUGUUAUAUGUUAACGUUUAUUUAUUUUACAGAAAUGGGUCAUUGCCUUUCAGGACUUUGUGGGCCACCUUAUGCUGUAUGUGGGGAUUGGGGUGCAAUGAUCCUUUUCAAUACCCGAGAACUUGAUGUAAUUACUGUGGUACACUCUUAUGUGACGUGCCAUGGGGAUGUCCUUCUGUGAAGUCACACAGUCGAUGUGCUCCACUCUGCUCGUUUUGAAAGGGCAAAACUUUUACCUACAAAGCAUAUCCCAAACAUGCAGGUGAGUAGGUAAAUUAGCCCUGCUAUAUUGCAGUUAAAAAACUGCUUGCUCUGGAGUACAACUGUACUGUUAGAUUUAAGGAUCGUUUUGGAAUCCCUGGAGAUGAACUUAAAGGCAACACAGUGAGAAGUGGCACCAAGAUGUUAUUGAGGUUCUUCCCCCUUCUGGAAGUUAGAGAGGUGCUAAGAGAGAAGGUGUCUAACAGAUGUUGAUCUUGAGUAAGGAGUGGCCAUAAUCUCUCCAGGACUCUGUUCACUUUUUUCCAGCCCUGAUCAUAGCUGGCUAUGCAUCUAAAGAACUUAGGAGCACGUUCAGCCAGUGAGUCCUCAAAAGAAGACCCACCAGGUUCUGAGCCGCCCACCAACCAGCUCGACACCAACCAAACAUAAUACCAACAGUAUAAACUAUCUGCCUGACCAGAUGCCUUAAAACUAUCCCAUCCUUUUACAACUAAAACCUUUUACCCCCUAAUAUUACUCUUACUAACCUCGCCGCUGUGAUAAAACAGGGAAUUACUGAUGCCAAACCCCAGGGAAGAGGGUCAAACUCAGUCAGAUAAGUGAAAUUUAUAGUGACAUGUAUAAAAUUGCAGUGCCUAUUUAUAUUAGCCAAGCCCCUGCCAAUUUACUACCUAUCACAACCUAACUCCACCUAGCCCCGCCUCCUAGCCCUGUCAUGGGCCCUAUCCACUAAGCUGUGCUUGUUACAUGGGGGUACAAUAGUGUUUGGUAAAUAUAUAUUAUAAUGUAAUUUAUAAAACGUGUCUAUAUAUGUUUAAACUUAACUUUCCACUGGGGGAUACAAUGUAUUUAUAUUUUAAGUCUUUAGGGCAUUUUCCUCCUAUCUUUACUAAGUAUAGAAAGGCAGAGAUAGCUAUAGAUAGUGUGAUUGUUCCCUGUGACAUCACCGUGACAUCAUCCUUGCUGAGCACAGUUCAGUCAGUAGACAUUGCAAGGCAGAGAUAGCUAUAGAUAGUGUGAUUGUUCCCUGUGACAUCACUGUGACAUCAUCCUUGCUGAGCACAGUUCAGUCAGUAGACACUGCUUAGACAGUAGACACUGCUUAGCUGCUGUGGUGAUAACGUAGCUAAAGAUGGGAGAUAGUAGAACUAUUUUCUCGUGUUUUUCAUGUGUACGCUGUGAUGUAAGUGAAAGACUUGAUUUUCUGUAUAAGGUUCCAGUUCUACAUAUUAUUAUCUGAGAGUUUGAUCAUGUUAAAUCCCCAGUGUAGUCUAGGAUGGGGUAGAAAGAGAAUACAGAUGGGACCCUUUAUAUGAUUAUUAAUGGGGAACACUGGGGGGUUACACACAGAUCUAGCACAGUGACAGCAUAUGGUUACUGUAUCAGUUUUCGUGGUAUGAACUCCUUGCUCCUUAUUAUUUAAAUUCUUGUAUCUCACAUGGAAGUAUUAUAGUGGAUUGUAAUUAAGAUGCUCCUGAUUCAUUCAUUACACACACAUAUAUAUCAGCAUAUAAUAAAUAUAUAUCAGGACUGAGAGACAGCACUGAGACAGUAAUCCUAGCAGCAAAGUAACAGGCACUCAGCACCAGAUCAAUAGAAGUGGGGUCUACCACACCUGACAGGACCCGAGAGUCCUCCCAGACAAUCCAGCAUAUAGUAACCGGGUACAAGAUGUUAGCAGGGACAGCACACACUGACAGACACAACCAAGUUACUGAGAUUGUGUAUUGAAAUACCUGCACUGAAUAUGGGUUGGACAAGGUAGAUGAGAAUGACAAAACUAAGGUCCUGUGGGAUUUUCAUAUCAAAACAGACAAGCAAGUACUGGCAGACCAACCUUUCAUCGUGGUGAUUGACAAGGAACGGUAGAUUGCAAUGGUGAUGAAUGUGGCAAUACCCAAUGACCAUAACGCUAAGAAACAUGAAAAGGAGGACAAAUACUGGCCUUAGCAUGGCUUUUCUCCUACUCCCUAUUCUGAGCUGUCUAGUGGAUCGGAGGUCCAGAGUCACAAGGUCGAGGAGAUUGGACAGUGCACGCUGCAAUUUUAUUCCCAUUUGUCCGUCCAGACUCUGCUCUGUGAAUAACAUACAUUGUUAUUGGGUGCAGUCGUCAACAUUCCCUCGUUACUCUGUAUUACAGUCCAAUCACCACGAUGAGCCAGAGCUAAGUUUACUGUAAUAAUUGGAAUAGAUAAGAAAAGCCUCAAUAGAGGAUCUUCUUCUGGCAAAGACCUGAUGGUUUACUGAUCUUUUUAUUUCUGCCUUUUCAGGUCAGCGGAACGCAAGUUAUCGAUGUUAACGAGCAAGGAGCAGGGGAACAUCCAGGUACAUUAAAACAUUGUGUGUGUGUGUUAUGUAUAUAUGUAAAUGUGUAACCAUAUAUCACAUCCAUAUCACAUAGCCCAUUAAAGUUACCAGGUUACCAUAUUUUUAUUAAACAAUCACUCCACACUUGAAAAAAACAGGAAAAAGUAAGAUACAGAGGGAAAGCAGCUAUGAUUCAUAUGUUAUUUCUUACAUUAUUUGUAAAUACUGUUUAACACUUUAGUGAUCGCGGACAAACCGGGUACGUCAGCCAAAAAACUGUUGUUAACCACCUCUGGCGUUCCAUGUACGUCCGCAGCCAAAAUGAGCGCUGGAAGCAAUGGCAUCCAGCCGCUCUAAGUGUAUUCCACAAUGCCUCGAUAUUGAGGCAUCGUGGAAUACCCCCCUACUGUGCCGGGCACCUAAGUGAUUGUUCUCCCCGGAGUGAUCACUUCCAGGUUUCCACAAGUGGCGCCCGGCAGUGGGGAGCAGAGCAUCGGAAGCCUUCAGGCAGGCUUACAAUCCUCUGCCUUUGCUGAGUGCCUCGAGGGGUUGAGGCACUCAGUAAUAGUAAAAAAUAAAUAAUAAUUAUAAAAAACUAAAUUACAAAAUUAACCCUCUUCCCUCCCUCCCUCUCCCUCCCCAUGUACUUACCAAUCACCACCGUAUCCCCGCCAGUGAUCGGUCGUCUUCUAAGGCUAGGCCCAGACAGUCCCCCCUCUGCACUGUAGUACCCCCAGGGGCCAUGUGAUUGCUCUAAAACAGUGGUCACAUGGCUGCAAUAGGUAUCCACAGUGUUGCCAACAGGGGGACUGCCUGAACUGACAGGCCGUCCCCCUGCUGGUGAAAAAGUAAAAAUCUUAUAUAUAACGUCAUACUAAGUGUAUUUUUUUUAAUAAUAUAUACAUAUAUUAAUAUAAAAAUACUCAGAGUAAAAUUACACACGUAUGUAUAUAACAUAUAUAAUAACUUUAUAUUUUGUAUAUAUAUAUAUAUAUAUAUAUAUUAUAAAAUUAAAUAAUAAUUAAAAAUUAAUAAAAAAACAAUAAAAACUUUAAUAUUUAAAAAACAUUAUAUAUAUAUAAUGUUAUUCUAACUGUAGUUUGAUAUUAAUAUAUAUAUAUAUUUAUAUCAAAAUACUCUUGUGGAUUAUAUAUAUAUAUAUAUAUAUAUAAAUUUUCAUUCUAUGUAUAUCUCCUUAACGACCAUGGACGUACUGAGUACAUUCGACAAAAAAUGGUCAUUAAGGACCGCAGAUGUACCUAGUAUGUUUGCGGCAAAUAGGAGCACUGGACUUACCUGGAUGGGUGAUCCGUGGCGAUCACAGUUGGGAGGGACUGUUGGGAUCUCCCUGCAGCUGCUCCGGCCACCCCGGCCCUCCAGGGCAUGGGAUCACCAUGAUCAAUAUGUCUCAGUAGGACUCUUGGAGCUGCCAGCAGGGGGACUGUCUGAGCUCUCAGGCAGUCCCCCAGGGUGCUAAAAAGUAAAAUAAUAUAUAUAUAUAUAUGUUGUGACAAAAGAAACUUCACCACUAACUUUUGGAGGGGCCUGUUUGCCAGCCUCCUACCCUGUGACUAUGGCCUCUGUGUUCAACCUUAUUGGAAAACACCAAUUGUGCCUCUUGGACUUAUAACAAGCUAUGUUCAAUUGGGACUAUAUGGUUCAUUGCACCGAACAGCCGCACCAACAGAGACCACCCUGGAGCUUGUUGAGCUUAAUUGAUACUGUGGCAAAACUAACCUCGCCACUGGGCACUGGAGAAGCCUGGAUGCUCGCCUGCUGCCUCUAGACUAUGGUCCCCGGUGUGUAUGACCCUUUAAGAACCGUCUGGGGACAUAUUCAGACUUUUUGGGACAAUGCCCCUUUAAGAUGGUGUCCUCAGUGUCCCCAGACUUGUUUGGGACAAUGCCCCUUUAAGACGGUGUCCUUAGUGUCCCCAGACUGUUACAAUCCUGUGUGCAUGGCUUUUUCCCACUUGGUUCAGUAAAUCUAGCUUACUGAACCAAGUAUUGUAUUGGCGGACCAACCAGAAGUGGAAGCGUGCGGCUAAUUUACCUCCCAGGCUGGGAGGCUGCUGUAGGUAAAUUGCCGACCGAUGGGUGUCAGCGGUGUGUGCAGCCAAAUCUAUGAAACUGUUUUCGGCUACCCAACUGCACGAACACCGCUAACCCGUACCUUCUCCUCCACUUUGACACUGCGGCUGGAGACUAAGUCCUGUUUGGCGAGUUGAACACACGUACAGCCCAAAUCUAUGGAACUCUUUUGGGCAUGAAAAUGUGCUUGUGGUCGGUCACAAAGGACUUCAGCUAACCUUUUAACCCCUGGAAGGAAUGGCCUGAAUUUUGGAUAUGUUUAUAUUUAAAGUGUGCUGAUUAAUAAUAUAUGACUUCUGUGGAGAUUGAAUGUAUAGUUUUAACGUUACAGUACAUGUAUAAAAAGUAUAUUUUUCCUGCCUGUGAUAAUUACAUUAACCCAUUGUGUACAGUAAUUAUAUUACAGGCAGAGGGGUGGAUUUUGUGGGAAUGAAUGGGAGUGUUUUACUGUAUAUUAUAUGUUUGAUUGGAUGUUUCACAAAACCCUGUGGGUGGUACUUUAUGUGUAAAAUGUGUAUAUAAGGCCAAUAAAGCCACAGCUCUGUCUGUUCCUAUUUGACCCUCAACAUAGAGCCACGUCUCAUGAUUGGGGGAUAUGGCUGUAUCUACACUGGGGGAUACACUACAUACUCCCCUAGAUAUAAUCACUAAGCUCUUGUAAGAGCUUGUUCCAGCUUUGCUCUGUGCAGGAAGAGGGGUUCGGUCUGCAGUGCUUAUGGUGUCUGGAGAAGUGCUUGGAGCCCUCGGGAUGCACUAGGAUCAUCCAUCAAUGGAGGUACUCGGUCGGAGUACUAGGAGCUCUGUUACAUAUACAUUGUUGCAAUUUCCACCGCAAGGGACUAAGUGUUUGUCUGGUUGGCCGCAACUCCUAUGGACCACCACGAGGUGGCGGCCAUCUUGUUGCAUGGACCAAAACCGCGAAUAGACUUCAGGGGGACUUAGCCGCGAAUGUCCUGGAAAUAUUUUUAACAUGAAAACCUCACGGUUCCCGGUUGGUCCACCAGCGGCACCUAGCCGCGAUUCUAUGGAGCUAUUUUUGUCUAUGGGGCCAUGCUGGGUGAUUUUGGAUAUUUUGGUCACUGAGAUCGGGGCUACCAGGGGAUGUAACAUUUGUGGAGUUUUAUGUAUUUUUAGGGUACUUUUGGGGUGUUUUAAAAAAAAGUGUGGUCUUUCUGUGCUUGGAGAUAAUUGGAUUAGAAUUAGUACAGUUACUGAUCCAAUUAUCUCCCAAACAGGGAGGAGGGAUUGUAUAUUUGUUAUGGAAGUGUCGGGCAUUUAAUCACUGUUCUUAUUGGUCUGUGUCUUUGUGUUGGAGUCCCCAUCAAGGUCCAUGUGGGCGUACCCCUUGCAUGGGGAUUGUCAUAAAAGGCCAAGUGUGGCUCCCAUUAAAUUGAGAUUCGUUUACCCUUCAUGAAGUCUUGGCUCAUGCUUGGGGUAUUGGAGAACUACAUUCACUCUGGGGAUUGCUAUAUCACAAUACUCCCCUGAGUAUAAUCAUUAGCUCUUAUAAGAGCUGUUCCUGCUAUGCUCUCUGGACUAGGAGAGGUCUACCCACUGGAAGCUGGAUCCUGGUCUUGGGUCCAGGGUGGAUGGAGGACGGCGACACCCCAACCAAGCUGCGGCGGUUCGUGGGGUUUGCGGUGGUUAUGGUGUUCCAGUGCAGUGCUUAUGGUGCUCACAAGAACUAAGAAGCAGCGAUUGACGGAGGUACCCAGUCGGGAUGUCAGGCAGUUCGUCACAAUGUUAUACAUAUAUUAUAUAUGUAUAAAUAAUUGUAUUAAUGUAUAAAUAAUUUAAACAUUUUAUAAUAUAUUACACAUAUAUAAUGCAUAAAUAUGAUUUCAUUAAAAGUGUACUUUGAUAUAUAUAUACACACACACACACACACACACACGUGUUAUAUAUUUAUAUAAUAUAAAUUGCAAAAAAAAACAUUUAUGAAAAACAAAGUGACUUGGGAAAGCCCGGGAAAACGGGGCGAAACGUGUCAAAGUGCUAACGGCUCUUGGGGCAUACAAAGAGUGAUCGGAGGUACCAUCCUGAAUACCCGGCAUCUCUCCAACACCAGUGAAUUACACGGCGGAGAGACUUCAAUUCAGCUGAGGAAACUAUUUUGAUGGACGGUAUCACCCUGCUGCUGCAUAUUACUGUGUUUUAAACCACUGAAGUUUAUCUCAACUACAGAAAUGAACCCCUUCAACACUCAAGAACUUUGGACAUCUGUAAAAAUUUUUAUAUUUCCAACUCACACCAUGAACAUUAGUAAGGUUUAGUGGUAACCAAUAGACAUUCUGUGUAAGCGAUGGUUAUUAAUAUAUUUUUUUCUUUUUAAGAGUACUUGUGAGCACCCUUUUUUAUUUUGAUGAGUUUUUUUCUCACAUAGCGCUAACACGUUUGUUAUUUUGUUACAUUGUAUAUGUGAAAUUAGGAAAUUUCCAAUGUGUUGUUAGCUGCUUGUGUUUAUUUAUUUGUUUAUCUUCUAAUUUGUUACCAGUAAUCUGGUUAUUUAUUGAUUUUUUUUGCGCUCUCUUAUUUCUAUAUAUUAAUACCUUAGGUUUUCUUAUUUUAAAAAAUAUAUACAUGUGAAUGGCUAUUCAGGGAUUCCUACCAGAUAUCAGUGUUACAAUGUAACUUGCGUUAAUUUUGAAAAAAAAAAAAAUGGUUUGGAAAUAGCAAAGUGCUACUUAUACUUAUUGCCCUAUAACUUUCCAAAAAAAGCUAAGAACAUAUUAAUAUUGGGUAUUUUUAAACUCAGGACAAAAUUUAGAAACUAUUUAGCAUGGGUGUUUUUUAUGGGUUGUAGAUGCAUAACAUUUUGGGGGUCAAAGUUCGAAGAGGUUAUUUAUUUAUUUUUUUAUAUAAGAUUUUAUAAUUUUUUUAUAGUAAAUUAUAUGAUAUGAUGAAAAUAAUGGUGUCUUUAGAAAGACCAUUUAAUUGCGAGAAAAACUGUAUAUAAUAUGUGUGGGUACAGUAAAUGGGUAAGAGGAAAAUUACAGCUAAACACAAACACAGCAGAAAUGUUAAAAGAGCGGUAAGAAGAUUGAAAAGUGGUCUGGUCACUAAGGGGUUAAAUAAAAGCCUUAUGAGAUGAUUUAUUACAUAAUGGGUGUCUAACCUGUCCCUGUAAAAAUAGUUUGUGUAUGAAACAGUGCCUGAUACAUAAAGAAAUAUACAGAGAAACCUUAUAGAAAUGAACUGUUUAGUACUCUGACACAUGAAACUGUCGAUUCCUUUUUACCAUUGACAUAAUAAAAUGUAUUCAUUUGUCUCCUAGCAACACCUGCUAUCAGCACAUUGGAGAAACGCAUUGAGGAGCUGGGCCACCGAUUAGUGAUCGAGCGUGCCGUGGCUGAAGGAGCCAAACGUGCCAUCAAGGCAUUAGAUCAUGGAAUGCCACUUGUUCAGGUCAGUUAUAAAGCGUAUCCGUUUAACCAUUUCAUCCCCAGAAUGAAGAAUGGGCUUUCAAUGUCUGUCUGGGGCUUUGUUGGCAUUAGCCAAGUAGCCAUGGUUUAUUAUUAAUAUUAUUAUUAUUUAUAAAGCGCCAACAAAUUCCUCUUGAUUAAUAAUAUACAAGUUACACAUUUAUAUUAUCUUUUCUGAGACUUUUGUUGUUUGAAGUCUUUGUGGGACCAUUUGUUCUGUAUUUUAUUUUGUCUCUAUAAUGCUUUAUUUAAAAUUCUUCCAAUUGUUUAAUUCCUAUUCAUUUUAUUAAAAGCUAAAACAUGUUGUAUGUUCUGUAUUGAUCUGUCGUUAUAUCCACAUCAAUCUAUGAAAAUCCCUGCUAGCCGGUCUUUGGUUUUCCAUUCAGGAAUCAAGAAAUGUACAUGUUUUUUCAAUAAGUUCUGAAUUAUAGAGAAUUAAAAUCUGAAUUACAAGACUGAGACAAACAUAAACAUGCUCUGACUAAAGCCGAGAUGGGAUUUUUCACUAUUCACUAAUUUUUGUUUAAAUAUCUGCAGUCCAGACUUUAGUGAUUAAUCCUGUAGAGUUUUUAUACAUUGAACUUGAUGUAGAAUGAUAACCAUUUAUAAAUGCAAUGCAAGGAUGAUCCACAUUAUUAGGAACUGUGUGUCUAACCUUGGAUAUCAGCUCGUGUUGGACAGCAACUUCCAGACAUAUUUGCCAGCAGAUAAAGUCUAAUCUUCUGUUGAUCCUUCACCUUUUUUCCAUUUAUUUUUUUUAACAGGCUCAGUCAAUACUACAGGAGUCAAAUGAAAAGCUUGACCUCCUUAAAUAUUCCUUGGAAGAACGAGUGAAAGAACUUCCUGAUGGCCAUCCCAGGAAGAGUAUUGCCACCGAGGAAAUGUUCUUUGACUCAGUCGAAACCAAGCCCAUAGCACUAACGGGUAAGUUCUUUUGUCUUUGAAAGGAAACAAGACAAACAUAUUUAAAGGACCACUAUUUUGCCAGGAAACCAAACUCGUUUUCCUGGCUCUAUGGGGUCUUUAGGUCCCCCCCCCCCACCCUCAGGGUCCCACUCCGGCCAGGCUCUAGGGGUUGAAGGGGUUAAUCACUUACCAUUCUCCAGCGCCAUGCUCCCUCGGCGCUGGGGACUCUCCUCGCUCUUCCGACGUCAUCUGCUGAAUGCGCAUGCGCAUUCAAUCAGUCCAUAGGAAAGCAUUUCCUAUGGACGUCAGCAUCUACUCACUGUGAUUUUCACAGUGAGAAUCACGGAAGCUCCUCUAGCGUCUGUCAAUGAGACAGCCACUACAGGCCGGAUUAACCCUAGUAUAAACAUAGCAGUUUCUCUGACGAGCUGCAGGGUUAACCCUAGAUGGACCUGGCACUGAUUGAGCUGAAGUGGUCUAGGUGCCAAUAGUGGUCCUUUAACACUGAAGUAUCAGAGCAUGUUUCCAUCUCUGUGAGGUCUGAUUGGAGGGAUCUCGCAGUUAGUCUACCGAUAUUCCAGCAGGAUUUAUUUUGCAUGGCGUGAAUGCAAGCUUAAAGGUGACCGGUGACAUUUCACAUGAUAACAAUAUGAAACCAGCCUGAGAAACUCUCAUCAUAUUUAAAUAUUUAAUAUAUAAAGAUUAGUAUAAAUUCACUCUCAUGUCACAGCUUUCUUUUGAACAGACAGUCAGGGUAUUUCUUUCAAAUGAACUGAGCUAGCUUUGGGUGUAUCUUGUUAUUGAGUGAAUUAAUAGGAUAAAACACAAGGUAAGCAUUACACUUAGAGAAUAAUUUACUAAUGGGACAUUAGAUAAAUGACUUUCCUUACUGUCUAAGUCACCGGGUAUAAUAAUCUGAAUAUGUGUAAUUUACAUGUUACUGAGGAUUUGCCCAUUCUCGGUAUUCUCAUGAAUUCUGUUUUACUUUAUUGGCAUUAUCUUAGUAUCUCCCUAAAUGUAAAGGUUAAUCGUGGACUCCUUGUUCACUUUGCAUAGAGGGGUUUUAGCUUGUAUAACGUGGGCUUGUUGCAUUCUGGUUCUGAAUUACUCUUGUGUGUUUACAAAUAUCUGAUAAUACAAAUAGUAUACGUUUCCUAUCUAAUGACACAAGUGAGAAAAAACUUGUUUGAGGAUCGAGCAGGGACUAAGUGAAGCUACUGAGUUUUUAUCUGUUUAUAAAUUCUGUUUUGAUUGAUUUAUAUCCGAUAAAGAUGUAAAAGCUGCCUUAUUAUUGAAUAUUCUGUGUGUGCUACUUAGACCAACCAUGAAGUUCCCUGUAACAUAAAUGGUAUAUUUCAUGGUUGCUAAAGGUCUAUUUCUUUCUAUAAAUAUGCCGGUUUACAGAGAUGAUAGAGUGGUGGUGGAAUCCAUAAGGGAAUCUCAUAUCUGAUUAUUGUAGGAAAUGUACUGAAUGAACAUUUGGUGAGAGGAGAGUGAAUAUAUUCCUGUGAUGACACAAGUAAAAAUUUAAUAGUCAUUGUAACAAUAUAAAUUCUGAUUGUUUGACAGGUACCCUGAAAGUGCGAGUAAAGGGCUGUCACAAUAUUCUAGAGAAUGUACCUGGGAGUGUAAAAGACCCGUCAGUUGUUCUCCCAGGAAACAGGACACGUCGAGGAAGAUUCUCAUUAAUGAGCCGGAUCAGACGAAACAACCGUGUCGGCAGUCAGAACAUCCAAGAGACUGUUGGCUUUUCCAGUACAGUGAUUUUUAUCUUAUAUUUCCCAUUAUGUGUCCAGUGAUGCUCAAUAACAGAAUUCAAUAUCUGGGGUAUCGAACCUUUACCCUCCAACAGUGCUAAACUUUCCCACUAUUUACUGACAGAAUUGGGAAUCAGAGUCCAAUAACAUCUAACAGGUCACGGUUGGACAAAAUACAAAACAAAGGAAAUUGUGCUAGAAAAAACAAUACUAUAAAAUUAUAAUAUGGGAGGUAGCAAACCUAGAGUAGGGUUACCUCUCAGCCCUACUAGCAAGAAUAAAACAGAAGGUAAAAAGAGGUUGCACCAAAGAAAUAAACUAAAUACUAAAACUAUAUAUCUAAAAAGAGUCCAAUAUCAAUUUCAAAUUCAAACCACAAAAAACGCCCCAAAAGAAGUCCUAACACAAAUCUUGCCGGAGGGAUAAUCAACAGUCUUCGGGAGUAAUGUACUCUGUAGGAGCCGGAUGGGAACAACUUGUGGGAUCCGUAUGUGAAAACAAAUAAAGUGCAAGAAGUCCAAUAAAAAUCGGAUUAUAGAGGCAACAGGGUCUAAUUCUAAUGUAGUCCUACUCACGUUUAAUAGAGCUAUAAACUAGCUCUAGUAUGAAUGGCAUACAGCGGUACAAUCCCCACUUGUAGGAUAUGUGAUGAGAUGUUAAUAUCGCAGUAGUUUGUAGAUCAUAAAAGGGUAAAAAAAGGGGAGACAACUAAUAGUGCUCUUGUAUAAAAUUUUGAUAUCCUUCCGGCAUGAUUUGUAUUAGGAUUUUUUGGGGGGCAUUUUUUUGUGGUUUAGGUUUAAUAUUGGACUCUUUUUAGAUAUAUACUUUUAGUAUUUAGCUUCUUUUUUUUUUGGCGCAACAUUCAUCUCUUUUCCACGGUUGGACUAAAUCUCUAUUGGAAACUUGGAUCCUUUAACUCUGUUAUGUUCCUGUUUGGGGAGAAUGGAGGUAAAAUACAAAUAUUAUCUAAUAGUAUUAUCUGUCCUUCUGGAAGACCAUGCCAAUUAAUCACAUUACUGCAUGCGUUGUCAAGGAGAUAAGUUUUACAAAACAUAUUUCCAGAUAUUUAUCUUUGAUUGCCACCAACUUAUUUUACAUAUUGGUCUCUAAACUUCAAAAAUCAAGGAAAUACAAAGAUUUUUCAAGCUGGAAGUCCUAUCUGUCAAAUUUAUGUCCUCCUCUAAACAAGUUACAAGUUGCCUUUUGAAAUGUCCUUGUGGUCCAUGUGGAGAAUGCUGGCUCAUAUUAUACCUUACAUUAUCGUCUUAGCUAAUCAAUAGACCAGAUCUGGACUCCUUGCCACAUUGCUUAUUUUCAAUGUUUCUUUGGAAUUACGGUUUUACUAUUCCGAGACUUGAUCCCAGCUGACAGCCUGACUUUAAUUAUGAUUGUCUGUUAAUGCUGAUUAUUUGUUAAUGCUGAUAACAUUUCUGACUCUUUGUUAAUACAAUGUUUCGGGGUAUUUUUCUCAUCCAUUUCAUUCCCUUUAAAAUAUUAUUAAUACAUGUAUCUAACAAUGACAUUGUGAUAUAUAACACUACAUUAUUAGGUAUGCCUGUAAAUUUAUAUCCACUAAAAUCUGUUGAAUCAAGACUUUAGAGUGAAAAACCAGCUCUAAGCUACGUCCUUCAUCUGUUGGAGUCCCCCAAGGCUCUGUCCUUGGUUCCCUUCUAUUUUCUCUUUAUACUUCCUCUCUUGGCAAUCGCAUUACCUGACAUGGAUUCCAAUACCACCUGUAUGCUGAUGAAUGAUAUAUUCAUUAUCUACAUUAUAUAACUACCCAUGGCCCCGAUAUAUUCAUUAUCUACAUUAUAUAACUACUCAUGGCCCCGAUAUAUUCAUUAUCUACAUUAUAUAACUACUCAUGGCCCCCGAUAUAUUAAUUAUCUACAUUAUAUAACUAUCCAUGGCCCCGAUAUAUUCAUUCUCUAUAUUAUGUUACUACUCAUGGCCCCGAUAUAUUAAUUAUCUACAUUAUAUAACUACCCAUGGCCCCGAUAUAUUCAUUAUCUAUAUUAUAUAACUACCCAUGGCCCCGAUAUAUUCAUUAUCUAUAUUAUAUAACUACCCAUGGCCCCGAUAUAUUUAUUAUCUACAUUAUAUAACUACCCAUGGCCCCGAUAUAUUCAUUAUCUAUAUUAUAUAACUACCCAUGGCCGCGAUAUAUUCAUUAUCUAUAUUAUAUAACUACCCAUGGCCCUGAUAUAUUGAUUAUCUACAUUAUAUAACUACCCAUGGCCCGGAUAUAUUCAUUAUCUAUAUUAUAUAACUACCCAUGGCCCCCGAUAUAUACAUUAUCUACAUUAUUUAACUAUCCAUGGCCCCGAUAUAUUGAUUAUCUAUAUUAUAUAACUACCCAUGGCCCCGAUAUAUUCAUUAUCUACAUUAUAUAACUACCCAUGGCCCCGAUAUAUUCAUUAUCUACAUUAUAUAACUACCCAUGGCCCCGAUAUAUUCAUUAUCUACAUUAUAUAACUACAGUAAUAAGAUAUUCACUUGAGAUAAACAAGAUUUAAACUUUAUUGAUACAUUUCCCAUCUUUCUCUACAUAAUACCUACCAGUGUAAGUGUCACCAUGUAUACACUAUGUAUUGUACCUGCCGUUUCAUAAGUUGCACAGACGCUAGACACUACAUAGAAGCAUUUUUUAUUGACGCUCUAAUUUUGCUGGGACAUGGACCAUUGCCUGUUUGUGGGUUAUAAGUACACGAUAACUUUCAGACAAAGCAGGAUUGACACAGAUUGAUUACUACAAUAGUUUGGUCUAUUUAAACCCCUGUGUCAACUAUUGCAGCGCCCAUAUGGCUCUUUAACCUUUAAAUGACUUAUCUCGAGUGACCUCAGCUUUUGUUUGUGACUCCCCCGAUUUCUCGAAUUCUGACCCAGUUUCUCUAUUCAUAGGUUCAGCCCUUUGGCUGUUAUUUAGACAUGAUAUUUCCAUUUUUCUCUCUAACGUUAAGCCCUAUAAGGUCCGGUAAUAUAGCUGCCUAUGUUUCCUACUCUUUUCAUUGGUAGGAACUGGCCUAUUCUCUUCUUAGGGAACUAGCAGUUAUUACAAUGACACACAUACAAUUACCAUCAAACUAGUUCCUUUUAUUGCACAUCGUGAAAUGGUAUCUAAAAUUGUAAGAAUAUUAUUUCUCAAGCUAUCUGUAUGUCCGGGCUGAUGACAUAAUUACUGUAAGCCGGGUGAUCUCUAUCAUUGCUUUUAGGUGUGCUCCCAGAUAAGGGACUUUCCAGGGGUUCACUCUUAUAUACCUAUCCACAAAUCAUCUUUAAUUUACCUUGUCCCUGAAUUUGCAUAAUACCGAGCAUAUUGUUCUGUACUAAGAGAUUCUUAACAUUACUCCAUGCAGCAGCUCAAAAACUACAUUUUAAGUUGGUAAACAGCCCCUAUGCCCUACAAUGGCCUUAUUUAUUAUAAACUCACUAACCUGUUACUGUUAGAUUGGUUACACAAACUAUUUAUUAAACUCACCUUGGUGAAACAAUUCUUCUAAAUCUGGGGACAAUAUGUAUCCACAAUAAACAUCACUACCCAAAGGAAGAUCGAAACUACAAUAUCUAUCUAUAUCAUGUUCCAAAGUCGUAGAAGGUCAAUACCGAACUCCUUUACCCCCAUCUAAACUGGGACUCACUCAUCGUACAAACUCCAUUCUUUACAUUAUUUGUCAAACAAAAAAAGACAGACAACAAGAACAUCAUUUUCCACAUGUUUUUAGGGAAUUAGUUCUCGUGUUAUUUCACAUACAUCUCUCUCCUUGUAUUCACACCGUAUUUCCUGGCUGACAUAAAUAGGUCUAGUUUUUAUUUUAUUUUUUUAUUGUUUCUUAAAGAAUACAGGAAUAUAAUGAAAACAAACUCCUAGAGUUUUGGUUAGAGAUGAUAGAUGAAAGUUUAUACUGCCAUCUGUGUUUUCACCAUGGCCGUCCGUUGAUUACAUUCUCAAUAAGAAAUAUGCUUUAAAAUAAAAAAAACUCUUAGCCUUUUAAGUUGAGUUCCUGAAAUUUUCUUACAGACAAGGUCCGUGCUCAGCUGAAGAUUGACCAUAUUCCAGUGGGUUCCACCAGAUGGAAAACGGUGUCUAAUCAAUUCUGGAAUGAGAAAUUUAAACUGGAGUUAAAUAAGGUACGAAUGUCAUUAAACUCAAAUAUAUUCACCCUAGAAACAGACAUUUUCCAUAAAUAUUACAUUAAUUUUGUUACACAUAGGAAAAGUAAAGUAAAAAAUAGCAAAAAUAAUUAAAAAAUAAAUAAAUAAUCUUUGUCUUGGUGAUAGUUUUAAGCUAUGUUGAUGCCUGUAUUAUUUUUAUUUUAUAUUAGUGUGAAUAUUACUUUUGUAUGAAUUAACAUCCAUUGGUGGCCCCAGGUAGAAUUUCAAACAAUUUAUUAAUCUGCAAAUCCUGUGGAGUUUUCUAACCAGUCUAAGUAGAUCUCUUAUUUCUAAACCUUUUAGGACCUUAAUGUGUCUUGAGCCAGAACCCUUUGAAGUUAUUAAACACUGGGUUUAUUUAUCUUUCUCUAGAAAUUCUUAUAGGAUUUUUUUUAUAAAAUCUGUGAUAUAUUACAUAUUUUAGUUAUUUGUUAGAAAACGUCUGCCAUCUGGACUUUUGGUUAAAGGGAUUUUGUCAAACAUUACCUACCUAAUUGCCUCUUUUCCCCAAUACAUGAGCUUGUCAUGUGAAUGAAAAAUGUAUAGGUGCGGACUUUCAAUUAUAGUUUCAAAAAAUACAAAAAUAUACUUUAUUAAAUAUACUAUAUAAAAGGGUUUGUAAAGGAAAACAUUUCUUUCCUUUUUUUGUUUCAAUAACUAUUGCUCACUUAAUGUGUACAUAGUCUCGGGAGCUGGAAUUAUCUCUAUAUUGGCACGAUCAGAGAUCACUGUGUGCCACAAAGACGCUGAAGUUGGAGGAAUUCCUGGUGAACCGAAAACAGGAACUGUGCCUACAGCUGGAGCCACAGGGCACCCUUUUCAUCGAGGUGAGAACCAGUCUCUGGACAUCAUAAAUUCAGAGUUUUUUUAAAUCUAUUUUAAUGUAUUAAUACAGAAAACAAAAAGAUGAUUAAUUUACACAACUUCACAAAUGAAAGCUUGUGAAAUAUCUUUAUUUUUUUUCUCUAAGUGUUUAAAUGUAAGAGCGCUAUAAAGGCUAAAUAACAAAUUGUAAGUGUAAACUGGAUUGUAAAAUCUAGGCAGACUCGGUGAUUUGGAAGAAUUCCCUAAGUCAGUUAUAGGCACAGCUUUUUUUUAGCUUAACUUUGUGGCUUAUUUUUCAAUUCCCAAUAUUCAGCACUUAGUAAAUAAUCACUUCAAUAUAUACGUCUUAUUACCUACAUGACCGCUUGUAGUAUCUUUAGAAAGGUUCUCUUUUUGAGAUAAAGGACACUGUAUCAACUGAUUUACUGUUUAUCUAAAUGACGAGUUUUGCUCAUUGUGAUUAGCUGUAGAAGAGCAGAUUUGAAGCAAUUUUCCAUUUCUGAGUCUGUUUAUAUGUUGGUUUGGCACAAUGGGGAUAUUAUCAUUUACUUCCUGCAGUUAAAGGGACACUAUUCAGCUCAUUGAAGUGUUCUGGGUGCAAUGUCCCAUGUGCCUUAACCCUUGCAAUGGUAAUUACUGCAAUGAUUAACCCCCCGCACCCCUAGACAGCCACAACUUUUUUUUCCUGGCACUAUAGUUUUCUUUUAACUCUUUGUUUAUUUUGGACUAGGUGACAUUUUCCAGUCCAUUAAUCCAGAAAAGUCCAAAACUUCAGACAAUUAGGAAGUUCUUCUCCAAAAAACAAAGUAAGUGUACGUUUAACAUGUCUUGCAUUAAAUAGCAAACUGCCCAGGGGCCUUUAAAGGCAUCUAUCAGGGAGACUAUAUUAUAACCCUUGUACCCCAGUACUAGCCCCCCGUGUGAUAGAAAACUUGUCAAGCAAUGUGAAUGCGCUCAGUAACCAGUGAGGGGUUUCAUGUUUCAUUUUCUCACAGGUAGAUAGACUGAUACAUGUUCAUUCACUAUAACAACCAUAGCGCAGGAUGUACAUCUUAUACCAUAUGCAGUAUACACAGAUUACAUUACUUAUACCUACCUGAAGCUCAUUAUUUUCACUGGAUGCCAGUUCCAUUAAACACUAAAGACAUUGCCAUUAGUAGAUAUUAUUAUAUAGAAACCGUGACUCACAAUGAAUACGUUCAAACAAAGCUCUAGGCUUGGAGAUUGCAUUCCUUGUUUCUUUUUCUGCUUUUACUUUAGAGUUUUCAGAUUACGAUGAAGGUAAUCAAUCCAAUAUUGAUCUCUGUGUAUCAUACACAAUUCUCGUUUUAUGUUCUCUGUUACUUUUAUAGAAGUGACUAUCCAACCAGCUCCAGAAGAGGAAGCAGCUAUUGACAUUUUUCCAUUGCCAGUAUUGCACAUUGAGUGCUUGGAUACAUCGCUGCCGGCUGUCGAUAAUGAUACGGAAGAGACCAUCCAAUCCGCGUUACAGGAGGAUAAAAUAUCUGAGAAUCUUUCAUUGCUAGUAGCGGAUAUUGAAAGUGUGGAGCCAACGCCACUAGCUGUCCAUAUUGAUACGGACGAGACCAUCCAAUCUGCGUUAGAGGAGGAUAUAAUAUCUGACAGUCUUUCAUUGCUAGUAGCAGAUAUUGAGAGCGUGGAGCCAACGCCACUAGCUGUCCAUAUUGAUAUGGAAGAGACCAUCCAAUCCGCGUUAGAGCAGGAUAUAAUAUCUGACAGUCUUUCAUUGCUAGUAGCAGAUAAUGAGAGUGUGGAGCCAACGCCACUAGCUGUCCAUGUUGAUACGGAAGAGACCAUCCAAUCCGCGUUAGAGGAGGAUAUAAUAUCUGGCAGUCUUUCAUUGCUAGUGGCAGAUAAUGAGAGCGUGGAGCCAACGCCACUAGCUGUCCAUAUUGAUACGGAAGAGACCAUCCAAUCCGCGUUAGAGCAGGAUAUAAUAUCUGACAGUCUUUCACUGCUAGUAGCAGAUAUUGAGAGCGUGGAGCCUUCACCACCAACUGUCGUUACCGACACAGAGGAGACCACCCAACCAUCGCCAGCAGAGGACGCACAAAUUGAGGUCACUACUGUCACAGAAGAGACCAUUGAACCAGCUCCAGAGGAUUUACCUAUUGACCCUGUUCCUUUGCCAGAAGCGGAUGUCAAAACCCUAGAGCGAACAUCGUCAGCUGGGUAUUCACAUCUUUCUCAUCAAUAUCAAUGCUGUUAGCUUGUACUGUAUGAGCUUUUUGGUUUUGGCAUUUGUUUUUUCCCAAGGGAAAGGCUGUAUGAGUGAUUUUAAAUAUACAUAUUUCUAAAUAUGUUCUUUUAUUUUCAGAAUUCAUCAAGGAGCUUGGCUGAGCCUUCAGUAUUUUGAUUGUCUCUCUGUGUUGGGCAGAGGACAAUAUGGAAAGGUGGGUUUUGGGGUGAAUGCCAAUUCUAGUUAGAUAUAAAAGAUAUCUAAACAAAUGCUAUCUAACAACAAUUCCAAAUUUUAAAUUUCAGGUUCUGCUUGCAGAGUACAAGCCUACAAAGACCACAGUCGCCCUGAAAGCCCUGAAGAAACAACGCUUAGUUGCACAUGACCAGAUUCAUAGGUCAGUAAAUGAAGAGUAAUUAAAACUCUAGUUGGUUUAAUAUCUGUUUUAGGAUGGUAGUCCUGUUUGCUAGUUUUUGUUUCUGAUUGAAGUGUUCCUUUCAAGAAAGUGAUUAAAUUGGUUAUUCCUUUUUAUUUCUAAGGCUUAUAUAUGAGAAGAACACCUUUCAGACCAUAAGCAGCACACAACACCCUUUCCUGGUUAAUCUGCUCGCAAGUUUCCAGACUGAAGACCAUGUCUGCUUUGUGAUGGAGUAUGCCGCUGGUGGGGACCUACUGACCAAUAUUAACAACAACACAGAGUUAUUUGACGAACCCACAGCUGUGUAAGUGUAAAUAUUUUGGGGAUCAUGAUCACAUAUCUAGAACUCCAAACCAAAUUUUGUCAGCUGGAGAGUUAAGGUGGACUAGAAAUUGGAUGAAGCCUAGACCGAUUAUGAUAGAAGCUGACUAUUAGAACCUCAGAUACAAUGCAGGAACUAUGUCUGAGCAUAGAGUGACAGAGGAUGGUGGAAUCAAAUUGUUCAAUGGUACAAAAACUUAAUUUCCUUCCCUGAAAUAAAACAGACUUAUUGUCUUUUCUGCAGGUUUUAUGCGGCAUGUUGUGUGCUGGGCCUGGAAUUUUUACAUAAAAAUAAUAUUGCUCACAGGUAAGUGUAAAGGGAAAACUAAAGAUGGACAUACAGUUAUAUUGUCCCCAAAAAUAUUAUCUGUGUUAUUUACUGUUGUUUAUAAUGUUGAUUAUAAUGUUGUCAGUGUUUUGAUUGAUUAUAUUAUAUUAACUAUUUGUGUUUUAUAUUAGUUAAGUCCAUAAAUCUAAUCUUAAAAAAGUCUAAAGAAGAAAACCCUGAUAUCCAAGUGCCUCUAGUGAUAUUGAAUAGUGAAUAAAACUAUUUUCUACAUUUUAAUCCAGAGAUCUGAAAAUGGGUAACAUCGUCAUAGACAAGGACGGAUACGCCAAAAUUGCAGACUUCGGUCUUAGCAAGCACGGUAAAAAUAUUUUUAUAUUUAGCGAAAGACAUUUGUCAUAAAGUUCCAUAAUUUAGCUUUACCUACAGACAAAUAACAUCCAACUGCAGACUGAAUUAAACAUAUGAAUGAAACACAAAUUAAUCAAAUCAAAUAUUGAUAUAAUUUGAAACGAGGCGCCAUUGUGCGAAUUCUGAUCCAGUUGGAAGUCCAAGCAACGCUGGAUGUCAGAUUAGAUGAUGGAUGAUGAUACAGAUUUGUUGAAACCAUGUAAAAAUAUGUAGAAAAUUAGCAGAUUCAAUGCACCUCCUUGCAGCAGUAUUCUAACACCACCUAGAAAAAAAAUAAUAGAAAAAUAAUAUUGUUAUUUAAACAUUUUCAGCCUCAGUAUUUCUUUGUACCACCGGGUUAUCCACUAAGGAGCCUCUUAGACUCAUAGCCUUAACAAACUGUAUGAGAUAAUUCAUAGCCUCAACCAACUGUAUGAGAUAAUUCCUAGCCUUAGCCAACUGUAUGAGAUAAUUCAUAGCCUUAACAAACUGUAUGAGAUAAAGCAUAGCCUUAACCAACUGUAUGAGAUAAUUCAUAGCCUUAGCCAGCUGUAGGAGAAAAUUCAUAGCCUUAACCAACUGUAUGAGAUAAUUCAUAGCCUUCCCCAACAAGUCUGGGGACACGGCCUUAAAGGGGCAGUGUCCCAAUCUUCCUGAUGUCCCAAAAAGGUGUUUAAAGGGCCAGCACCAGUCACAUAAAGAGUCCAUAAGCCCCAAUAUGCCCACCGACAGUCUUAAAGGGCCAUACACACCAAAUAAAAGUGCAUACAUUUUCACAAUCUCCCAGGGGCCAUAGUCAUGCGGGAGGAGGCUGGCAAAUAGGCUUCUCCACAACCCAGGGAAGCAGGGCAAUUUGCCAUUUAAAGGGCCCGUUACAAAUAGCAGUUUGUAACAAGGUGGCAAUCCAUAUCUGCCAAGUGACCCGAUGUAGGGGGACCAGUCCCUAUUCUGCUCUGUGUCAGUGUGUACCAGGGAACCUUAGGACAGGUGUCAAUCCAUAUCUGCCAAGUGACCCGAUGUAGGGGGAACAGUCCCUAUUCUGCUCUGUGUCAGUGUGUAUCAUAAUCCUUAGGACAGGUGUCAAUCCAUAUCUGCCAAGUGACCCUAUGUAGGGGGACCAGUCUCUAUUCUGCUCUGUGUCCGUGUGCAUCAGGGGCUCUGAGGACAGGUGUCAAUCCAUAUGUCAAGGUGUCAAUAUGUCAUAUGUCAGGUGUCAAUCCAUAUUGAUUGUGAUUUAGGAAUGUUAGGUGAUUUCUGCCCUUUAUGGAUUAAAACCAGACUCUGUAUCAACUGUGUAAUUUUCCAUGGGAGUUUUGCCAUGGAUCCCCCUCCGGCAUGCCACAGUCCAGGUGUUAGUCCCCUUGAAACAACUUUUCCAUCCCUAUUGUGGCCAGAAAGAGUCCCUGUGUGUUUUAAAAUUCGCCUCCCCAUUGAAGUCAAUGGCGUUUCGGGCGGUUCGCCGGUUCGCGAACAUUUGCGGAAGUUCGCGUUCGCCGUUCGCGAACCGAAAAUUUCGGGUUCGCGACAUCACUACGUAUGAGAUAAUUCCUAGCCUUAGCCAACUGUAGGAGAUAAUUACUGGUCUUAACCUUAUCUGGACUUUACUGGAGAAUAGUCUAUUUUCUACCACUUAACAUUUUAUCUUUCAUUUAUUUAUUUAUUUAUUUUAAAUAAAAAUGCCUCUCCCAUCUACCUUUCUCUUUUCCCUUGUCUGUGUCUUUUCUUUAUUUUUUAACUUUUUGAUGAUUUCAUUUAAUUUAAUUUAGUAUUUCUCAUUGCAUAGCGGAAUACAAGAUUUUGAAUGAAAACCUUUGAUUUGCUCAAUGAGUUUGUAAUUUCAAAAAAAAAUUAUUACGCUUACAUUAUUGUGUACACUGUUUUAUGAUUCUGAAAUGCAUCUUUGGCUAUGUAAUGCUAUUUUUAUUUAUCGACAAUAAAAAAAUAUUUAAAAUGUCAAAAUAACAUAUACUGUAUAUCAGAAAAAAAACAUAAUUUACUGAAAGGAGACCUAUAUCUGUGUAUUUACCGAUGUACAUGUAUCUUUUCUCUUUUUCUGAGGGAUGGGAUACAAAGAUCGAACCAACACGUGUUGUGGGACAGUGGAAUACUUGGCACCGGAAGUGCUUCUGAGAGAGCAAUACACAAGAUCUAUUGAUUGGUGGAGUCUCGGCGUAAUUAUUUAUGUAAUGCUGGUUCUACAGGUAAAAAUAACUUCUUUCUACCAAUUAGCAUUCCUCUUUUGGAAACCGAAAUCCUUUGAUGUCAUACAGUCCAUUGACGAUCAUGAUAAUAUUUCAAACUAUAGACUGGUGAGGCUUACAGGGCAAACCUGAGCACCAUAACCACAACAGCUCAUUGUAGUGCUUAUGUAAAUAUCAUACACUUUAUCUAAACUUAUUUUAUCCUCAAUUUCUUUAUAUUAUAUUUAUUGGUUCUUGUUUGGCAAACCAUUUACAUUAGAGACAUUUCCCACUGUAGCGCCCAUGCCAACCCUGCAGGGCGGUCGCUCUCUCUCUUUGUCACAGUUGGGACGACGUUUUUAUAUUGUGUGCCCUAUCUGUGUUGUGGGACAUUUAUACAGAGCAGAUUAUGGGCUCUCAAGAGUGUGAGUUCUAUAAACCCUAUUGUCACCUUUGGUUACACUCUGCACUAUAUUGUGCUUUCAUUUCUUUUUACAUAUACAGUGUUUUAUUGGUUAAUAAGUUUGCAUAAGUUGUUGUCUCAUUGCCGUUUUUAUUAUUGAGUGGUUGUGAUUUAUAUAUAUUACAAUGUCUAGCACAAUAAUACAUCAUUUGUAACAAGAACCAACUCUUGCUUCUUGCAGUCUUGCUCUCUGAGCUCUAGGUAUGAAAAUUCACUUUUUCUAACUGUAUUUUUCUAUUAGAAUCCCUUCUCUGGUGAUGAUCAUGGACAGAUGUUGUAUAAUAUAGUCUAUUCUGAGCCCGACUAUCCGGAGUACUUGUCCGAUGAAGCGCUAUCAAUAUUAACAAGUGUAAGUUGAGAAUGCAUUCUUAGUGUUUUCUAUUUGUGACAUAUCUAGCAAGCUGAGGUCAGAAUUUUCCAGUCACUAUUGAUGACAAGCUGCCCUGGGAUGAAGGAAGUCUCAGAGCCCUUUUGUCUGUUGUUAAGUCUGGUAGGAGACAAGCUAUGGUGACUAUAUAGUUUUUUAGAGCUCCAGGACUAAAGUUCCUGCAUGGAGUUCUGUUUUUUAGCAGUAUAAGUUAAACUUAUAUUUGGUAAUUGAGAUAAAUAGCAAGUGGUGAGCAUGACUCAUGCCAUCGACCCGGGCACCAGAACACAAUGACAUGGUGACAUAGUGUCCACCGUUUAUUGAGCUCUGUAUUAACGUACACAGCCCGAGCUGAUGAAGGUGGAUUUUACAGAACCUGCAAGAAAAAUCCUGGAAUUCUCAUGUUUAUCGGUUCACCGAUUUCCAUUUAUUUUUAUUUUCUUAUACAGUUUUUGAAUAAAAAUCCCAAAACCCGUCUUGGAGCAAGAAGGAAUGGAGCCCGUGAUGUGAAGAAACAUCCUUUCUUUGAAGUAAGUCCAUGUUGUAUAAAGUCCAGCCAUGGAUGUCCAUUUCUUGUCUGAUUUAGCCUAAGGUGUUACUGUCACCUCACAGGGAAAGAUACAUUCUAACAGUCAAACAGACAUUGGGUUUUAUUGUUGGGACUUUUACAUAAAUACUCGGUAUCCCAUGAGUUCCUGGGUUUAUGUGCAUGCAUUCAGGGAAUCAUAAUUACAUUUUACCCAGCUAGAAUCAUCCAACCACCAUCCACUUGUCUGCAGCACCCUGUAUGUCAAUAAACACUUCGAACGUGACAAUUUCCACUUUAAACCUUUGCUAUAUAUAACAUAUGAGCCGUUCCCUGAGCAGGACAAGUAAUAAGCCAGAGUUAAAUAACAAAUAUCUGAUGCAAAUAGAAUUCCCAGAUUUAACGCUAGAUUCACUAGUCUUUAGGGAAUGACAUUUUUAGAAAUGUGUGAUUUAAUAGUAGUUUAAGAAUAUUUAUCAAAUAUUGGAGUUGGAAGCCAUGGCUGUUGCUGAAGUUUAAAGAUGGUGAGGUGCUGUCUGAGGGUUUAUACCCAGAAAAUGGACAUUUACAAAACAUAUAUGCCGAGGUAUUGACAUAAUUAGUUGAUCAGCCUCGGAUCAGCAUCUCCAGCCAAUAAUAAGGGGAUAAGGGGUGGGGGGGAUUGGAAACUGCAGAUUUAAUAAUGACAAGUAAAACAUGUUAUUUCAAACGCACUCCAACAGUUCCUACCACGUCAAUAGAUGACAGAUAAAAUGUGGGUUUUUUCUAACACACACCAUUAGUCCUUACCACAAUAGAUUAGAAUUUUGUUUUUUGGGGUCUGUUUUACUUGUCCCUAUGGACUACUUGUCUUUCUCAUUUCCCCUCAAACCUUAUUUUUCACAGGAAAUCGACUGGAUUGCGUUACUGCACAAGAAUGUAAGACCCCCAUUUGUACCAUGCAUUGCUGGACCGAAAGACGUCAGCAAUUUCGACAUUGAUUUUACAUCACAGGACCCCUGUCUAACGCCACCAGAUGAGUUACUGUCAAAGGAAGAACAAGAUCCAUUCCAAGACUUCGACUGGGUGGCCGAAUGGAUGUGAAUGUAGAAACAGAC